CAAAAGCAAAACACACGCAUGCGUACUUUGCGCAGCCUUGAUGCGCACCAAGCUAACGACCCGAGGAGGAGCAUAUUGAUGCUAAGAGCUAAACAUGGCCCUGUUCACAUACAGCAGACUGUCUCAUUUACUGAGAAUAUCCGGAAAUAAAGUCUCCGUUAUACGAACGGGGACAGAAAUAAAACCGGGACCUGCGUGUUGUGUGCAGUUCAUUCGCUGCCAGAGGUCGAUGGACAGUAAGGCGUUACAGGAGAGGCAGAAGCAGCAGAUGGCCAAAGGUCUUCCCAGACAGAAGCCCAUCACGGGGGUCAAACAGGUCAUCGUUGUUGCUUCAGGGAAAGGCGGAGUGGGCAAGUCCACCACGGCAGUGAAUUUAGCUCUUGGAAUAUUGGCCAACGAUCCGCUCAAGUCAGUCGGUCUGUUGGAUGCUGACGUUUACGGUCCGUCGAUUCCAAAACUGAUGAACCUGAAGGGAAACCCGGAGCUCAAUGACGACAAUCUGAUGAUCCCUCUAAUUAACUACGGCGUUCCUUGCAUGUCGAUGGGGUUCCUGGUGGACGAUGUGGCUCCAAUCGUGUGGAGGGGGCUGAUGGUGAUGUCAGCAAUAGAGAAACUGCUCAGACAGGUGGACUGGGGGUCUCUGGACUACCUGGUAGUCGACAUGCCUCCUGGUACAGGAGACGUCCAACUGUCAAUCUCCCAGAACAUCCCAGUCGCAGGCGCGGUCAUCGUGUCCACGCCGCAGGAUAUCGCCCUGCUGGACGCCCGCCGAGGAGCCGAGAUGUUCAAGAAAGUUAACGUGCCGGUUCUCGGCCUGGUGCAGAACAUGAGCGUCUUCCAGUGUCCCAACUGUAACCACCAGACUCACAUCUUCGGCUCUGACGGGGCCCGACAGCUCGCGGACACACUGGGAGUCAAAUUAUUAGGUGACGUUCCUCUUCAUCUAAACAUCAGAGAGAUGUCAGACAGAGGGAAACCAGUGGUCGUCUCUUCUCCCGACAGCCCAGAGGCGGAGGCGUACAGGAAGGUGGCGUCUGCUGUGGUCCAGAGACUCGAGGAACUCAACACUUGAUUGAUGUAAACUGGGAGCGCGCACGACGACACUCCAUGACACAAACAACGCACGAAACUCACACAAACAGAAACGCACAAACAUCUUUGCUGUCGAACGCACCAUAAGUUAAAUCUAAAGC